GUGCUCAGUUCUAACUUCCGGUGAUUGCUGCGGCAAAUGUGACGGUGUAGUGGUUGUGUGGUGCUUUUCGAAAGGAUUUCUGCCAUGAGCUGCUCCAAGCCACAGACUUCUCAAUCAGGCUCUGAACUGAUUGAAUGCAAAAUAUGUGAUGUUAAACUACUUGGUGAGACAGAUUAUAAAAUACAUUUAACAACAUCUCGACAUUUAAAGAAAGAGGAUGUGCUUGUGGCUUGUGGGAAGCUCAGAAGAGAUUAUAGACUGCCGAAAUGGGAAAAUAUGAAUGAUUAUUUUGAUUAUCUUCAGUUGGGUGAACCAUUAAUUGGAUUGCAGCAUGUUGCUGAAGUUGAUGUUAAGCCAGGUGAAGUUCCUAAGUUCAUGUGUAGACUCUGCUUUUUAGAGGCAGAAAUGGCGGAUGUUGCGUUGCAUAUUGUUGGAAAGAAACACAGGAAGAAAUAUUUGGAAACUCAUCGACCAGACUUGGUUACUUGGGGAGCAGACAAUACCCCACAACUCGGUAAAAUCAUCAGAGCUCAAGCAGAGCUGCUCGAACAACAAGAAGGCAGGGGUGAAGUUGAGCAGUCCAAAAAGAAUGCCAAUUCUAUGCAGGAGCAGAAACCAAAAGUUGGAUACCUUAAGUCAUUGUUAGGCAAAAUGAGGAAGACCGCAUGGAAUUCAUCUGAUGAACCAUUGUCAAUUAGAAAAGUCCUUGAUCAGUUAACAGCCUUUGCAGGAAAUCUGUCUGGUUCUCGUUCUUCUGUGGGUCUGGCAAGAGGAGAAAGGCGGACAUCAUAUGAUAUGGACAGAGAUUACAUGGAAAGAGAGAGGGGAUGUUAUUGGGACAGAGAUUUGGAAAGGCAGCCACGGGAUGAAUUCAGUAGGCAAUAUGCAGAACGAGAUUUUAGCAGGAAUUACUAUGAGGAUGAGCAACAAAGAUAUCCUGAUGGCGGGCGAAACAGAAGAUGCAUUGAUGAGAGUUUAGAUGAACUAUACCACGGUAAUGAUUUUUAUGAAAGAUAUCCUGAGAAGGAUGGCCACCACUUGAAUGCUGAUGAAGAUCGAAGGUAUUUUGAAGAGAAAUGUAGAGGCAGGUAUCCAGAGGAGAGACGGGAUUCUGUUUACAAUUAUGAGGAAGAUUUGGAGAGAAGGAGUUUUAAUAAUUGGUCUGAAAGAAGAUUUUCUCCUGAAAGGAAGAGGUUUGAAGGUGGUCCAGAUAAAUACAUGAUUGAAAAUGGUGCAGGGCAAAGGCUACUUGAAAGGGGCCCAAGAGAAGAACAGGAAGGUUGGCCAGAACCUUUUAAUGAAAGACCUUUGGAAAGGCAUGGUCCUAUGGAGGAGCCGACUGGGCGAGGUAUGCGUGAAGGUUUGUUAGGAAGAUAUCCUUCUGACACUCGAGCUGAAAGGAGAUACCCAAACAUGACCUCAAAUGUCCAGUAUAAUCAAGAUCCAUCUAAUGCAUUGUAUCCUGAAGUUGCGUCUGAUGAAGGUUAUCUGCCAAAUAAGCCUUGUGAUAUACGAACAGCUGGAAGAUAUCCAGAAGAGCAGCCGUAUGAAGAGUUCUCUACAGAUACUUCCAGUCGAAGAUAUGCUGGCAAAAGGGGUCCUGAGAGCUAUUCUGAAACAAUGCUUAAUCAACGGAAUGACUUUGAGAGUUUUGGUGGCUCUUAUUCAAACAAAAGACCCAGACUGGACCCUCUGACCUCCAAAGAGGAAGAAUAUAACAUGGGUGGCUAUGACCAAACAUCUUACAGAUCCAUGGAAGAGAAUUUGUUUUGUUCAUUGGAAGACGUUGAAAUAAAUAAUGUAGAAGAAGCUGCAUUCCUGAAGGAGAAACUGGUUCAUCUUUUGAAGAACUUUCAGUCAAAGCAACGGCAGUGUUUGGAUAUGAACAUAAAUGUUCAGCAGCCAUCCAUAUCUAAAGAUUAUAACCACCAAGGUGUUGGUGCAACUUUUGAAGAGGAGCAGUACAAUACUGGCAUCGGGAGCAGAUCGCCUAAUAGAAGAUUUUAUCCACCAAAUUCCCAGCUUGGCCUUGAGCCUCAGAUAAGGAGUAGGCAGUGGUCACCUGGCAGAGGGCAGUAUACCCAGGAUGCACCUUAUUAUCAUGAAGAAGCUCAACAGUACGGUGAAAUGAAAGCAGAUUACUCGAGACCGGCUCAGUCUUCAUCUUACAAUCCUCCUACGUCUGACAUGUGUGAAAGAUGGAGGGGGGAGCCAAUGCAAUCUCGCAACUGGAUGGCAACAGAACAGCGUGGGGCAGCUGGUUCUGCAGAUACGAUGGCAUCAUCCAGCUAUAGUUACUUUUCACGCGGAAUGAAGUAAUAUUUGUUAAAGUAAAAAAAUGUAGUACUUACUAAGUGAAUUCCCUGAAGCGACAAAUUUAUCUAUCUUUAUUGUCUGUGAAUUUACUUUUACUUGCUUAGCCAUUUCUAGGUUACAAUGAGCCAGCUCUUCUCUCGUCAGUGGAUACAAGGCACGGCCAUGACUGUAGGAAGCAGCAGACCAGCCAGCCAGCCACGUGUUUCGCCUGCACAAGGCUUAUGAAAACUGAAUAGCUCUCAAACAGAGGAUCAGUGUUCAUAAUGUAAUAUACUGGAAUCUUUAACAGUAUCCUACAAAUCCUCAUCUUUUGACUUCCCGACCAAAGAAAACAUUUUUUUUUUCUCCCGUCAGCCGCCUUUUAAAUUCCAUGACAGUAGAAGUUAUUUGUAAUGAACAGGUGUUUGUUGGCUCUUAUUGUUUUAAUGUGUUUGUUUUUUUUUAUUAAAUGUGGUAUAUUGGAGGUCUGAUCAUUUAGCCUCAUUUCAUUUGUAAGUUGUUGUUUUCUGUACGUUUUCAAAGAUUUAAUAAAGCCACAUUGAACUCUCUUAA